AGAAUUGUGCCUGUGAACAAGACCCAAAUCUGAACUCCUGGGAUGUUCCUGUUUUCAUCCAGUUCUAGCAGUGACGCUGUUGGGUUGUGCUAAGCUGGAACAGUGAGGGCAUUAGGACCAGGAGCGAGACGCACACUUGGCUCAGGGUUGUGUCUGGCAGAGGGCUCUCCGCUGAGCAGAGCGAUGUGUGAAAGGAAAUCAGGCACUGCCUGCCGCCUUUACAUCUGUUGAUCUGACCUAACUUGAAGCGUCCAAACAGGGACGGCUGUCAGCUCUGCUUGACUGGGAGCCCACCAGCUCACCCCAGCCAUCUCAUCGCUGCUUGGCCGUUCAUGCAAAGGGGGGAAGAGACACGUGGGACCAAGCAUCUGAGCAGGAUGGACUGCUUACUUAUCCCAAGGAGAAAAAUGGGGCAAAAAGGGAACCAGCAAUUUAAUCUGAAGUCCCCGUGAACAGGCUUUCAGAAGGCAAUUAAAGAAAUCCACUCAGAGAGGACCUAGGGUGGAACUGGGGUCCUGUGGCUUUCUGACUUUAAGUGGAAGCAGGUCUUACACAGCCUACUGGCAAAUGUCAGACGGGAGAAAAGCAGCAGGUUAAGUGACUAGGGAAGGACUUCCAGGUGAAACAAACAACCCAGGCACGGCUGCAAGGUGGAAGAGACCCAGAGCAGCACCAGGAGGCGAUCUCGAACAUGACUUGUUGCAUUUGGCAAGUUGCAGCAACAUGCUCCUAAAGAAGCGACACCGGCACAGACCGUGCAGACGUCCGUUUCUCCUGCUGUUCCCGAUGCUGGCCUGCGCCCUGAUGAUGGUGGCCGUGUUGUACCCUCCCCCUCCCACUCUGCACGAGGCUGUCGCAGCCCAGACCAGCAAGCACAGCUCCGAAGCCAGGUACCGCCUGGACUUUGGGGAAUCCCAGGAAUGGGUACUGGGGGCUGAGGAGGAAGAGGAGGAGUAUGGCCUCCUGGAGGACCUGCCACCCUUUAUCUCACUGCGGGAGGAUCAGCUUCUGGUGGCUGUGGCCUCACCCCGGGCCCGAAGGAAUCAAAGCCAGGGGAGGAGAGGCGGCAGCUACCGGCUCAUCCAGCAUCUGAGGAGGCAGAAUGAGGAAGCCCCAGACAGGGACCAGGGGACUGAGGAGGAGGAUGGGGAGGUGUCAGAAGAAGAGGCGCUGAGCCCGCUCAGCCUGGACUCACAAAGCCUCAACAAGGCACUCAGCGCCCGCCUCCCCCUGCAGAGGGUCCUCCCAGAGGUGCGGCACCCACUGUGUCUUCAGCAGCAGCUGGAGGACAGCCUGCCCACUGCCAGCGUCAUCCUCUGUUUCCAUGACGAGGACUGGUCCACCCUCCUGAGGACAGUACACAGCAUCCUUAACACAGCGCCCAGGGCCUUCCUGAAGGAAAUUGUCCUUGUGGAUGACCUCAGCCAGCAAGGACAACUCAAGUCUGCUCUCAGCGAAUAUGUGGCCCAGCUGGAGGGUGUGAAGUUGCUCAGGAGCACUAAGAGGCUGGGUGCCAUCGGGGCCCGGAUGCUGGGUGCCACCAGGGCCACAGGGGAUGUGCUGGUCUUCAUGGACACCCACUGCGAGUGCCACCCCGGCUGGCUGGAGCCCCUCCUCAGCAGAAUAGCUGGUGACAGGAGCCGUGUAGUAUCUCCAGUCAUAGAUAUGAUUGACUGGAAGACUUUCCAAUAUUAUCCCGCCAAGGAGCUGCAACGUGGGGUAUUGGACUGGAAGCUGGAUUUCUACUGGGAACCUUUGCCAGAGCAUGAAAGGAAGACACUCGUGUCCCCCAUCAGCCCCAUCAGGAGCCCAGUAGUGCCUGGAGAGGUAGUGGCCAUGGACAGACAUUACUUCCAAAACACUGGAGCUUAUGACCCUCUCAUGUCACUGCGGGGUGGCGAAAACCUCGAACUAUCCUUCAAGGCCUGGCUGUGUGGUGGCUCCAUUGAAAUCCUUCCCUGCUCACGGGUGGGGCAUGUCUACCAAAAUCAGGCUGCACAUUCUCCCCUUGACCAGGAGGCCACUCUGAGGAACAAGGUCCGCAUUGCUGAGACAUGGCUGGGGCCAUUCAAAGAAAUUUUCUACAGGCACAGCCCAGAGGCCUUCACCUUGAACAAGGAGGAGAAGCCAGACUGCACAGAACGCUUGCAGCUGCAAAGAAGACUAGGUUGUCGGACCUUCCACUGGUUUCUGGCCAACAUCUAUCCCAAGCUGUACCCAGCUGAACACAGACCUAGAUUCUCCGGAAAGCUCCACAACUCUGGGCUUGGCUUCUGUGCAGACUGCCAAGCAGAAGGGGACAUCCUGGGUUGUCCCAUGAUGCUAGCUCCUUGCAAUGACAGUAGGAAGCAACAGCACCUGGAGCACACCGGCAGGAAGGAGAUCCACUUCGGCAAACCCCGACACCUGUGUUUGGAUAUCAAGCAAGAGCAGGUGGUUCUCCAGAACUGCACUGAGGAAGGCCCUGCCAUUCAUCAGCAACACUGGGACUUCCAGGAGAAUGGAAUGAUUGUCCACAUUCUUUCUGGGAAAUGCAUGGAAGCUAUGGCUCAGCAGAACAAUAAAGAGUUGUUCUUGAGUCAGUGUGAUGGAAAAGCCAGCCAGCUGUGGCACUUUGACAAAGUCCACCCUGUAGAUGAACGAUGAAUCUCAACGUCAGAAGAAAAAGAGGAUUCUGAUUACCGUAGUUCUGCCCCAGGAGAGUUAAAGAGCAUUUAUACUUCUUGAAGCAGACUCCUGUGUGUGUGCUCCUGGUGUAGGAUGGAAGAAAGUUCUCUGAAUGUAGGAUGUCCCUCCUUCUCAGUUUAUUGACUGCUGGCUGCUUUUAAAAAAAUUGGUUCACUGCCUCAUUGUCUCCAUCAUCAAAGAUAAUCAUCAUAUAGCAUAGAAGAUCUUUAAUUUUUUCCACUGAGCAGUUAACAAUUGCUUUCAUCUCUGACUAGAGAGGGCCUGGACACUGUCUGUCAGCACCUCCAGGACACAUCGAUCCAAUGGAUGAAUAUCAUUGUCUGCAAGAAGCCUUAACCUGGAUUGUCUCUAUGGCCAACCGUGAAGAGAAUGCAAUAGCCUGACAGCCCAAAAAUUUUGGAUUCAUUUUAUUAGGGCAAAUUUCAUGUUCAUUAGAAGAACCAGAGCUGAAGGAAGGGAAGUUACAGAGAACAGCAGAGUAUGGUUAGAGACUAGAUGAAGGGAGCAUUGUCCCAACUCUCCAGCUCAACCUAGCCAGCUGAAGAAUCAGUAGACUUGGGACAACAGUCCCAUCUUAGUGAGAAUUUCCUCAAAACUUUCUACCUCCAUUCACCUGACCUCACCCCUCUCUAGCUUGGUUCCCUUGCCAUAGAUUUCUCUUUAGUCACUGGUUGUUAGAAGGAUCCACCAGAUUGAGCAUUCUCAUUAACAAAGGUAUUUACAGUUAAUAGAUUUUCAUGAUGCUCUGUUACAGGGUUUGCAUCGAAUCAACAAGAAAUAACAACCUUUGCAAGGGAGAUACCAGAGUCUGAGCCAUUCUUAUGAGAGAAAACUGGAUCAGAUAGGGCCAUCUGUGGAUCCAUAUGAACUGUCUAAGUGUGUCUCUAGGUUGAAUGUUCACACAUUCAAGAAAAAUAUACCUUCAUUAGAGCAGAACCAGAGUUAACUAGAGCUGAUUGGCUCUCCUUGUUGUGAUCUGGUCCACCUCAAUGGCCAUAAGAGUUGCUAAAUGGUAUUGGUUCCGCUAUUGAGAAGAUAGCAAUCAUGCCCAUAUCUCUUUCAGAUGGAAUUAGUUCUCUACACGGUAGCUCACAAAUCUCCCCUUAAAGAUGUUGAUCUCCUUUGUGCUGUCUCAGAGCACAGUAUCUUUCAAAAAAACUAGGUAGAAAGUGUGGGUUUCCAAAUAAUAACCACCAAAUAAUGUAUUCAUUUUCCAUCCACCAUGUCAAUGGCCCAUUGCAUUUCACUGUCUUUGUAAUACACUCUAAACCUGUGCUAUCUAAUAUGGUAGUCACUAACCAACUGGGGCAUUAUUUAAUGGAAACCCAAUAAAAUUAGAGAAAAUGUAAAGCAGUUUCUCAGUUAUGCUGGCCCCAUCUCAAGACCUCACUAGCUAUAUGUAUGUAAUAGUUACUGUAUGGUAGAGCACAGUAUAGAAUAUUUCAUCAUCACAAACACUGUAUUGCAACAGCAUUAGAUUAACCAUCCUAUCUAGAGAAGUGAUUUUAGCCACCAUCUUUUUGCUUCAAACCUACCUAUAUUUAAAACAAUUCUCUUAACAUCCCAAGGCUGAGAUGGAGCUAAAAAUUCUCAGAUGACAGACUUGUAAAGAGUUUUGGUGGUUGAAGAAUAAAAAUUAAAUAAGGCCUCUAUUUUUUAAUGAACUUUAUUAUUGGCAUUGUGGGUAUUUGAAGUUGCUGGGAUAAAUUAAUAUAAUUAAAUAAAAGGCUGAAUUCAAUUGUGUAA